CCAGCGGCAGAGUCGCCAUCUUGGAAUUUGUGCCCCUCGCGUGGUCAUUUGUCUGUUUUAAUUUCGUAUUUUAUAUCUAUUUUACUUCGUAUAUAACCACAUACAAACGAUGGGAAGAAAGAAGAAGAAGCAGACGAAGCCAUGGUGUUGGUAUUGUAAUAGGGAGUUUGAUGAUGAGAAAAUCCUGAUACAGCACCAAAAAGCAAAGCACUUCAAAUGUCAUAUAUGUCACAAAAAGCUAUAUACAGGCCCUGGGCUAUCUAUACACUGUAUGCAGGUACAUAAGGAAAAAGUAGACAAGGUUCCUAAUGCCCUACCUCAUCGAAGCAAUAUAGACAUAGAGAUAUAUGGUAUGGAAGGUAUACCUCCACAAGACUUAGAGGAACAUGAGAAGCAGAGAGCUGGGAAAUCAGACGAACCUCCAAGUAAGAGAGCACGUUCUGAUGAUGAAGAUUCACAAGAUGCCACCAGUAAUAAUCAAAUGAACCCUAAUGGACCUAUGCCCCCUAUGAUGCCAGGUAUGCCAGGCCCUGGCAUGCCCCCCAUGGGACCUAUGGGAGGGCCAAUGGGACCAGGGAUGCCGCCCAUGGGACCAAUGGGCCCUGGGUUUAUGCCAGGUUUUAUGGGUCCUAUGGGAGGACCUGGUAUGCCUCCAAUGCCUCCCAUGGGUCCUAUGGGGCCCAUGAUGGGUGGACCUCGAGGACCUAUGCCUCCGAUGCAUGGCAUGCCUCCACAACAGAGACCCCAGCAACCUCCCCCAACUUCUACAUCAACCUUACAGAGUUUGCCUUCCAAGCCAUUGUUUCCUGCUGCUGCAGCAGUUACACAGUCACAGCCUAGACCGUCAGCACCUGUUGGCCCCGAUUUCAAGCCUAAGAUGUCAAACAUGCCGACCUCCUCUCAGCAGUCUGGACCUGUGAAGCCCACGUUUCCAGCUUACUCCAGCUCUGCCACCCUGUCAGCACCCCCCACGGCACCCAGUGCCACAAUCAGUGCAGCACCCACUGUCAAGAAACCAGAGUCGAGUUCAGGCAUGACAACAAAGUUGGUCCACCCUGAGGAGGAUAUAUCUCUGGAAGAAAAACGAGCUAGCUUACCAAGGUAUCAGAAUCGUCAAAUGGCGCCUCAAACUACAAUAUCAGCACCACCCAUGAUGAACAUGCCACGGAUGCCACAAGGUGGUCAGAUGCAGCCUCCUAUGUCCCAGAUGAACAACGGUGGGUCUAGACCUCCAGGUCCCCCAGGGCCUAUGGGGUAUGGCAUGAUGCGUCCCCCAAUGAUGGGAGCACAAGGGAGAUAUUGACAGCAUGGAGCUAAGUGGGAUACUGGGGAACUUUGAGUUACCUGUACUAGCAUGUUCUACAUCCACUGCUUUAGUGUUAUUUCUUGUCUCCAAUAUGCUAUUAUCAUUAUGAUUUUAAAAGUUUGUAACUGUGCUGUGUUUUUUGUACACACAUGCCUGCUGCAACCUGAGCUACGGCGGUAAGUAGCUGGCUGGACUGACACUACUGUCUCUGCCUGACAGGGGUAAGUGAUUGAAAUGGACUAAGAAAAGACAUUGUGUAAUAUUGGAUUAUAUGUGAUAACCGAAACCUUUCAUCUUCACUCAUCUGUGCAGCAGUAACGUCAGCAAAAGGUUUGUUAAAAGUUGGUUGAUCUUGUAUACUUUGAAUGUAGAGAAAGAAUAUUAUGUCAAAAAAUACUUCACUAAAAGACAUGCAUCUGGAGUCACUUAAUGUGACUGUAUCAAAUAAGUGAUUAAAGUUGUAUUACUUUCCUUUGUAACACCAAAAUGAAAUCUUGUAUAUAUUGUAAUUAUGAGAAAGUUAUCUGAAAUUAUAUGAAAUCUGUGCGCAGUUGUUCAAACAUUGUCAUUUUUGAGCUUAUUUUCCAAAGCAAAACUUAAUAAAGGGAAUGUAAUCUGGUUACUAUAUUUUAACAUAAGUUAUAUCUUAAUAAAAUUUGUAGAAAGAGGG